GCAGAAGCCGCCCCAAGCGAUAAAUGUGACCCAGUGAGAUUCCUACCCGUAUCGUUCUCCAGAUGUGUUAGUGUACGUGUGUGUGUUUGUGUGUCUAUCUAUAUAUACGGGACGAAGCGAGGGCCCCAUCCAAAACAGAGGACUUCCUGCGGCUGGUUUCUACGCUUCGUAAAGGUGGCGGAUAGACCACCUCUCUGCGCGAUGGACGGAAAGUUCAAGCCGGAAGACUUCCCACAUUUCCCGCCUCCCUACAGCGUGCCGGACGAGCCGGGGCACGCCCAAUACCCAACUCAGCCACCGCCUGCCUACCAACUGGAACUGCCACCUCCACCAACCUACCAGGCCCAGCCGCCGCCGCCCGCGUACCAGACCCAGCAGCAGCAGCAGCCGCUGCCGCCCCCGUUCGGCUACCCGUACCCACGGGGCGGGCACUGCGGCGGCGCCGCUCCGGGCUACGUGACGGAGAUCGGGCCUGGCGAAGCCUACCGGGCACAGCACGUGAUAGUGCUGGAGCACGGGCCCGGGUUUGGGCAGCGUCGGCAGGGACCACAGGACUACCUCAGCUGGUCGCUGAUCACACUCCUCUGUCUGUUCUGGCCGCUCGGCAUCCCGGCGCUGUUCUACUCCUUCAGGGUGCGCGACGCGCUGGCGACUGGGGACCUCGAGCGAGCCUCCAAGUACUCCGCCACGUGCCGCAACCUGAACAUCGCCGGCAUGGUGCUGGGGAUCAUGAGCCUCGCCCUCAUCAUCAUCGUCGUCCCGAUCGUCUUCCUUUCCAACUCGUACACUGGCCACUACUCCUUCUACCCCUAGGUGAGCAGCGUAGGUCAAAGACGCUGGUUCUUCAUCGUCGUCCUCUUCUUCAUCGUCACCUUCUUGAUCGUCGCCUUCUUCUUCAUUCCCUUCUUCAUCGUCGUCACCUUCUUCAUCGUCACCUUCUUGAUCGUCGCCUUCUUCUUCAUUCCCUUCUUCAU